UGCCUGUACGAACAUCUACUGGGAAAUUAUUUUAAUCAGACACCAGCUGAGUGGGGGAAAGAAAAAGAACAGAAGGACAAACAACAUUCCCUUGGUCCUGGAUGUAAGAGAGCUCAGCAGCGAUGGACUGGCGCUUCAGAGCAGCUGCAGUGCUAUUCAUUUUUCUGGUGGUGGUGGAAGUUUACAGUGAAUUUCGAAUUCAGGUAAGAGAUUAUAGCGCUAAAAAUGGCACCAUCAAGUGGCACUCAAUCCGAAGGCAUAAGCGUGAGUGGAUCAAGUUUGCUGCAGCCUGUCGGGAAGGUGAAGACAACUCAAAGAGGAACCCAAUAGCCAAAAUUCAUUCAGAUUGUGCUAAAACCCAGCAAGUUACGUACCGCAUCUCUGGAGUAGGAAUUGAUCAACCACCUUUCGGAAUCUUCGUUAUUAAUCAAAAAACUGGUGAAAUUAAUAUAACAUCCAUAGUUGAUCGAGAAGUCACCCCAUUUUUCAUUAUCUACUGCCGUGCUCUGAAUUUACAGGGCCAAGACUUAGAGAGGCCUCUCGAGCUCAGAGUUAGGGUUUUGGAUAUAAAUGACAACCCUCCAGUAUUUUCUAUGUCUACUUUUCUAGGACAAAUAGAAGAAAAUUCUAAUGCAAAUACACUGGUGAUGAGACUCAAUGCUACUGAUGCAGAUGAACCAAAUAAUUUGAAUUCAAAAAUAGCCUUCAAGAUCAUAAGCCAGGAACCUUCUGAUUCACCCAUGUUCAUUAUCAACAGAUACACUGGAGAAAUUCGAACAAUGAAUAAUUUUCUAGACAGAGAGCAAUAUAGCCAGUAUUCUCUCGCCGUAAGAGGCUCUGACCGAGACGGCGGGUCAGACGGAAUGUCCGCAGAGUGCGAGUGCAGCAUUAAAAUCCUCGAUGUCAAUGACAACAUCCCGUACAUGGAACAGUCUUCAUAUUCCGUAAGAAUCGAAGAAAACGCUCUGCACUCAGAAUUGCUCCAAAUCAGAGUCAUUGAUUUGGAUGAAGAGUACACGGCUAACUGGAUGGCAGUGAUUUUCUUUAUCUCUGGAAAUGAGGGAAAUUGGUUUGAGAUAGAAAUGAAUGAAAGAACAAAUGUGGGAAUUUUGAAGGUUGUUAAGCCCUUAGAUUAUGAAGCUAUGAAGAAUCUGCAACUUAGUAUUGGUGUUAGAAAUAAAGCCGAAUUUCAUCAAUCAAUUAUGUCUCAAUAUAAGCUCACAGCGAGUGCAGUCUCCGUGACUGUGUUAAAUGUAAUUGAAGGCCCAGUGUUCCGUCCAGGUUCAAAGACAUUUGCAGUAACUAGUAAUAUGGGACAAAAUUAUAAAGUGGGGGAUUUUGUAGCUACCGAUCUGGACACUAAUCAACCUUCAACAACUGUUAGAUAUGUAAUGGGAAAUAAUCCAGCUGAUCUGCUCUCUGUUGACUCAAAAACGGGCAUUAUUACUUUGAGAAAUCAAGUUACCAUGGAACAAUAUCAAAUGCUUAAUGGAAAUUACCAAGGGACAAUUCUAUCUAUAGAUGAUGCUCUUCAAAGAACUUGUACUGGCACAAUUAUUAUUGAUCUUCAAGGUUCUGGCUGGAAAACACCUGACACUACUCCAAACUAUAACACUGACAAUGUAGUUGACACUAGCAAUGGAAACACAGAUUAUCAAGUNACUAACAAUGUAGUUGACACUAGUACAAGUGAACCUCAAGUAUCUGCUACAGUCAACCCAGAAGGCAAUGGAAACACAGAUUAUCAAGUACCAGACACAUACGUGCCCAUGUUCCCAGAUAAUGUACAUUUUGGUCCUGCUGGCAUUGGACUACUCAUCAUGGGAUUCUUGGUCCUAGGAUUGGUCCCAUUUUUGUUGAUCUGUUGUGAUUGUGGAGGCGCCCCUGGUGGUGGAGCCGGCUUUGAGCCCGUUCCUGAAUGUUCAGAUGGAGCAAUUCAUCCGUGGGCAGUAGAAUUACCACCGCCUCAGCCCGGGACUAUUACCACUGCCCCCAUACCAUCAGGAACAGGAGGUGUACAACUAAUUGAAUGUAUUGACACUUCAGGAGUUUACACAAAUGAGUAUGGUGGCAGAGAAAUGCAAGAUAUGGAAGGAGAAGAAAGAAUGACAGGAUUUGAACUAGCUGAUGGAGUUAAAACACCAGGAGCACCUGACAUAUGUCAAGAAUAUUCUGGAACAUUAAGAAGAAAUUCUAUGAGGGAAUGUAGAGAAGGAGGUCUGAAUAUGGACUUCAUGGAAAGUUACUUCUGUCAGAAAGCAUAUGCGUAUGCAGAUGAAGAUGAAGGACGCCCAUCCAAUGACUGUUUGCUCAUAUAUGAUAUUGAAGGUGUAGGUUCCCCUGCUGGCUCUGUGGGUUGUUGUAGCUUCAUUGGAGAAGACUUUGAUGACAACUUCUUGGAUACACUGGGGCCUAAAUUUAAGAAGUUGGCAGAUAUCAGCCUGGGGAAAAAUGUUGAACCAUAUCCAGAUUUUGAUCUCUCUUGGCCACCUGAGAGCACUGAACCAAUUUGCCCUCAGCAGGCAACAGAGCCCAUUGCUAGCGGAUACCCACCCAUGUCUCCACGAUAUGGCACUACCACAGUCAUUUCUGAGAGUGCCUAUCCCUCGGGACCUGGUGUACAGCAUCCUAUGCCUAUUCCUGAUCCUCUGGGCUAUGGUAAUGUCACUGUGACCGAGUCUUAUACCACCUCUGGCGCUCUGAAGCCCUCUGUCCUCGUUCAUGAUAAUCGACAUGCCUCAAAUGUGGUGGUGACAGAGAGGGUGCUCGGCCCAAUCUCUGGUGCAGAUUUGCAUGGAAUGUUAGAGAUGCCUGACUUGAGAGAUGGGUCAAAUGUUAUAGUAACAGAAAGGGUAAUAGCACCAAGUUCAAGCCUACCCACCACUUUGACCAUCCCUGAUCCUAGAGAGUCUUCAAAUGUGGUAGUGACAGAAAGAGUAAUCAGACCAACUUCUGGCAUGAUGGGCAGUUUGAGUAUGCACCCCGAGUUAUCAAAUACCCACAAUGUGAUUGUGACAGAGAGGGUUGUCUCUGGCUCUGGCGUAACUGGAUUUAGUGGCCCAGCUGGGAUAAUUGGAGGCAGUGGCACAGUCAGUAGUGGCCUGGUUAGUAGUGAGGCUGGAAUAAGUGGUGGUGGCAUUGGGCUGAGCAGUCUGGGAGGAGGUGGGGGCCUGAGUAGCAGCAUGGGGGGAACAGCUACCAUUGGCCAUAUAAGGAACUCCUCUGACCAUCAUUUUAGCCAGACCCUUGGAUCUGCCUCCCCUAGCACAGCCCGAAGUCGAAUCACAAAGUACAGUACAGUACAAUAUACUAAGUAGCCAGUAUCCCAGCACACUUUUUCUCAGUAAUUGUGAUUUAGCUUCAAUUCCCAUCACCAAAAAGCUAACAAUGUGAUUUAUGAUGCACAACAAGGUGCUAAGGUAAUUGUGGAGCAAGGUGAGAAACCACAAUGAGGAAAAUAGAUGGAAACAGUGCUGUUGGGCAAGAGCUCUCCUUAGAAUUGGUAAACUUCUUUCUUAUAUUAAUACCAAUGGAAUCAUGGCAGUGAACUAAAACUUGAGACACAGUUUCUUUGCAUCUGUGAGGCCUAUAGUGCAUUUCCAGCACAUGGAAGAAAUAAAACUCAGUCAUGUAAAAACACUGGCCUUAAGAUGGCAAUUGGCAUAAUUCUCUUUCUCUUUUUUUAUUUGCCAUGUAUCUCUGGCAAUAUUUAAAAGAACUAAAAGUGCAAUAUGUGUUCAUGUAUUUGAAAAUUGUGCCAAAUGCCCUGUCAAUUUCACAGAUAAUAUAAAUGAAAAUCCAACCACAUAUUCAGACCAGGGUUAACCAUUAAAGAAAAAAGAAUCUGGUUACAUAGCCAAGUCCACAAGCCACCAAGCGCUCCUACCUUAAUAAUUGCACUAGGUAAAGUAAACCUCAAAUUAGGAAAUGUUUUCUGGGAGGGAAAUUCCGUUAAGAGAGUGACAACAGGGUAAGAUCCAUUGGGGUAAACUGACAAUGUCGGAGCCUGAAUCUUUAGACAGGGCUGCAGCUAAAAUUCUUAUGGAGUCAAGGCUUUUCUGCUUCUAGUUUGAGUUUAGUGUAGAUGCAAUAUUAAUUAAUAUUGCCUACUGGUGAGGUUGCAGGAUAUCACACUCAUUUUUCCCUUUACUGCUGUGGCUCUGACUUCAUAAAGGAAAACCUGCCAAGUGUACUUCUCAGACUGAAGCAAAUAACAAUUGACAUUGUUGUUCACACUAGUGGUAGAUUACCUUCCAAGAAAGCAGAUGGGAACUGCAUUGUAUUUUCAGACUGUUUUUAGUAAGUGUAAUUCAUUUAUAUUCAGCUCUUUAUUAUCCAUCUCCUAAGUUUAAAUGAUUUGCUUAAACUGAGCUGUAUGGUUAAGCUUUGGGGGAAUUUUUUAAAGGGGAUCUGAAAAACAUGUAAAAUGCUUAAUGGGGAAAGUUAGAAUUGUGCAGUAAAGUAAUGCUGUACUAUUAGUUUGAACUGAGUUUAGUACUUUUUUAAACAACCCUCUGCUGCUAUUUUGAAGGGAUCAACUAGGAACUUUUAACAGAGUUGAUGAUAUUGUGUUAACAAGAAUGAAAUUGUACUAGUUAGCCCCAUUUCUUUAUUCUGUCCCACUCGCAACCGAAUUUUCAUACUACUAUAAAUUUUACAUUUCUGAUUUGGUUUGUCAAUACACUCUUAGCUUAUACAUGCUCCAAUUUAUAGAUUCCAAAUCAUAUCCUAUGAUAUAUUUUUCUAGCUUCAAAAUUUAGUAAUGUAUGUUUCUGUGUGUUUGCUAUAUAUAAAAGUCUGUAAAUAGAAUCAAAGCAUUGUUAACCAGAGGUAAAUUUACCAUUGCAUGGUAAAGGAACUUUUUUUCUCUUUUCUAAAUUCAGUGUUAAUAUGAGUUCAACAAUGUAAAACUGGAUAUGACAACAUCUUUUAAAGAUUAUUACCCUGAAUUACUCAAAUGUCCCAGGGCGUUACAGGUCAAAGAAUAGUUAUUCAAUUUCCAACACUUGUCCAAGGGAGCUGGGGAAUGAAUUAUUUUAGCUAGAGCUAUUUUGCUCUAUGCUAUAGCAGAUGAUGUUAAUAUUUUCAAAGCCACAAUAUACAUCUUAUUUUAAACUCUGUAGACUAUGUAAAAUUGUGAUGUUCUGUAGCAUGCCAAAAUGCAGAGGUGUAAAUAAAGUGAAUCACAGGCA